AUGACAGUCACACCCGCUACCAUUGUGAGCGUGAGUGGAGCCGUGGCUAUCACGUUGGCAACAGCUAGCGUUGUUGACUCUGAUUCUGUAUCGCUGAGUGCUGUUGAGCCUAGAGAUGAUGUAGUGAGCCGCACAGAAGACGGCCCGACCGUUGUGUUGGACUCAGAUGGUGCAUCUGUGGUGCUAGGCUCAGAUGGCGCGUCCAUCGCGCUAGACUCGGAUCCUGCAUGGCCAGAACCCCCUCUCACUCCCGACCUCGACACAACUCCGCGUCAACCCACGCGUUUCCGCGCAACCUCCCUCCGUGUGCAGGGUUCUCCCCACAGCUCGCAUUUCAGCAGCGAUACGGGCUCCACUACUGAAAGCGCACCCCUUGUCACGCCCAAGUUGCACGUUCCGCCUUCGCCGCUCCGGGAUAAGAGGUUCGCGCCUGAGACUGCGCUUCUCACAUCAACAACCGAUACGUUUGGAGUUGGAGGGCGGGACAGUGAUAGCGACAGCGAUGAAGGGUUCACGCUUUUUCCUCCAAAAGCACGCUCCCAAUCCCAAUUGCAGCGCUUACCAGAAUGGAUCGCAGACGCCAUCUCUCCUCUCUCCGAAUUCAUGAUCGACGUCGAUCCCCAAGAAUAUUUUGCAGACCUACAAGAAAUUGCAGAAGGCGAGAGCGGCUCCGUAUACGCCGCCCGCCUCGUCUGCCCCGUCCAAUCGCUCUCUCUAUCCCCUGGAACGACGCACGUAGCCAUAAAAUCCAUCGCAAUUCACCCAGCUGUAUCUCCAAAGUUCCAAGACCUGAGCCACGAGAUGGAGUUGAUGCGCGGGGUGCAUCAUGCGCAUGUAUUGCGCAUGGACGCGUUUUAUGUGAAUUUGGUGGAUGAUUCAGUGUGGAUACGGAUGGAGCUGAUGGAGAGGAGCUUAGCGGAUGUUGUGGGGCUUGUUGGGGAGGGGUUGUCGUUGCAGGAGAGGAUGAUUGCGAGGUUUGCUAGUGAUGUUCUACUUGCGCUCGAAUACCUCCAGAAACACCAUAUCGCCCACCGAGAUGUCCGUUCUGAUAACCUCCUUUUAAACGCGAGCGGAAUCGUAAAAGUUGCUGAUUUCUCGAAUGCUGUGCGUGUGACGAGAAAUUCUCCGAUGUGUGUUGGGGCUGUGGGCGUUAUCUACUGGCAGGCUCCAGAGAUGCGAGUUGGAGCGUAUAACGCGCUCAAAGUUGAUGUCUGGUCUCUAGGCGCAACAGUAUGGGAACUAGCACAGACAGAACCGCCUUUUGCAGACGUCCAAGACCCGCGACAAAUCGGUGUCCAGUGGCCGCCUCUGCGUCAACCAGAGCUUUACUCGCGCGGGUUCCACGAGUUUUUGAAGUUAUGCUCGAGGCCGUAUGCAUCAAGGCCGAAUGCUAAUGAGUUGAUAAACACGCCUUUCAUCCGCAAUGCAUGCGGCCGAGCGGUGAAUGUCCAACUCUUAUCACAGUGUAGAGCUAUUGAAGAGCAUGUGUUACAAAGGGAGAGUGAGAGUGGGGGUGAGUCGUGA